CCUCCCGGGAUCCACGUGGGCUUGGAAAGGCUGUGUUGAUGCGCGCCUCAAUGGGGAAGGCGCAAAAGAGGCGCAAUUGGCGGGCACGGCUGCCAGGAUCGCCCAGGAGGGGGGGUCCCGCUCCCCAGGAGCCUGUGCAGCUGGAACUGGGAGAUGAAACCAUCUUGAAAGGAGUGGAUGAGAGCAACGCCCUCGUCCUUCCGUCCCGAAAAACCCAGGAGAAACCAGCAACCUCCCUUAAAAGUCCAGGAAAGAAGCCCCUGACAAAGAAGCAGAAGAAGAAUUUGCAAAAGGUUUUGGAACAAAAAGCCAAGAAGGAAAAGCGAGCGGAAUUGCUGAAAAAGCUGAGCGAAGUCCAGGUGCCUGAGGCCGAAAUGAAGCUUCUCUAUACCACGUCCAAGCUCGGAACAGGAAAACGGAUGUUCCAGGCGAAAAGGUCAGUCCAGGAAGCAAGUGCCGAGUGGUCAAAGAAAAUCAGAAGCAUUGGGGGUGCCAAUAGGAAAAGAGGCAGACUUGAAUUGGAGGAGGAAGAGGAAGAAGAAGAGGAGGAGGAAGAAGAAGAGGAGGAUUCUGAGAAGGAAGAACAGGUUGACAAGGCACUCCCAGAAGCUUCCACCACCACCACCACUGAGACAGAAUCCGGAAAGGUCUCCAAAUGUCCACUCUCUUUACCCAAAGAACUUGAUAAAGCUCCUGAGCAGAGAAACACAACCUCUAAACCCACAUCUGAACCUGCGGUGUUUGUUCCAGUGGAUCGAUCCCCUGAGAUUCAGGAAGCCAGGUUGAAACUCCCCAUACUUGGAGAAGAGCAGGUGGUCAUGGAAGCCGUGCAGGAGAAUCCUAUCAUCAUCGUAUGCGGGGAAACAGGUUGCGGGAAAACCACCCAAGUGCCUCAGUUCCUCUAUGAAGCAGGCUACGCGAGCACCGGCGGCAUCAUUGGGAUUACCGAACCUCGGCGUGUGGCGGCAAUAUCUAUGUCUCAGCGAGUUGCAACAGAAAUGAAUUUAUCCCAACAUGUGAUUUCCUACCAAAUCCGUUAUGAGGGGAACGUGACGAAGGAGACAAAAAUGAAGUUCAUGACGGAUGGUGUGCUGUUGAAAGAAAUCCAGAAGGAUUUUUUGUUAUCCAAGUACCACGUCAUAAUUCUGGACGAAGCCCACGAGAGGAGCGUCUAUACCGACAUCUUAAUCGGUCUUUUAUCUCGCAUCGUGCCUCUUCGAGCUAAGAAAGGGCAGCCGCUGAAACUGAUCAUCAUGUCUGCAACGCUGCGAGUCGAGGAUUUCACCGCUAACCAAAAACUUUUUCCUGUUCCUCCUCCGGUUAUCCAGGUGGAUGCGAGGCAGUUUCCAGUCACCGUUCAUUUCAACAAGAGGACCCCGUUGGAAGAUUACAGCGGGGAAUGUUUCCGGAAAGUCUGCAAAAUUCACCGAAUGCUUCCUCCAGGGGGCAUUUUGGUGUUCUUAACCGGACAGGCCGAAGUCCAUUCUCUUUGUCGGAGGCUAAGGAAGUCUUUCCCUUUUUGCAAAAACGCAACCCCGGGCUCUGAAGAUGAGGACAAUUCCGUAGAAGCCAUCAGAAGGUUUAAGAAAUCCAGACAGAAAAAGAAGCACGCGCUUCAAACCCUGCCCAAAAUUGAUCUGGACAAUUAUUCCAUUCUGCCGACUGACGAAGGAGACGAAGACCGAGAGGCUGCGGAAGACGAUGAAGAAGCAAACUCGGCUGGUUCGGAUCUUGACCUUGAUCUGGGCGAAGAUUGUCUGCAAGGAGGUGAAAAACCGGAUUCUUCCCACCCACUUUACGUUCUUCCUCUCUACUCUUUGCUGGCUCCUGAAAAGCAAGCCAAGGUUUUCAGGCCGUCUCCACCUGGGACCAGGUUGUGCGUCGUGGCUACCAACGUGGCGGAGACAUCUCUGACUAUCCCGGGCGUCAAAUACGUGGUUGAUUGCGGGAAGGUCAAGAAACGGUUCUACGACAAAGUCACCGGCAUCUCGUCCUUCAAGGUUAUGUGGACAUCCCAGGCUUCGGCCAACCAGCGGGCAGGUCGAGCGGGCCGAACAGAGCCAGGCCACUGUUACAGGCUGUAUUCUUCGGCUGUGUUCAGUGAUUUUGAGCAGUUCUCGGCUCCCGAGAUCACCAGGCGACCUGUGGACGAUUUAAUUCUGCAAAUGAAAGCGUUGAACAUCGAGAAGGUAAUCAACUUCCCAUUUCCUACCCCUCCGUCCACCGAUGCCCUGAAGGCUGCAGAGGAAUUGCUGAUUGCCCUCGGUGCCUUGAAGGCUCCUGUCACAUCUGGAAGGUUGGAAAAGCUGCAGGAAGCCAAGUUCAGCUGUCCCAUCAGCCCUUUGGGUGCUCUCAUGGCCUCCUUCCCGGUAGCCCCACGUUAUGCCAAGAUGCUCGCCUUGAGCCAACAGCACCACUGCCUGCCCUAUACCAUCGCCUUAGUCUCGGCCUUGACGGUGAGGGAGCUGUUUGAAGAGUUCAACAGGCCUUCCCUGAAUGAAGAAGAGCAGGAGAACAUCAAAGGGAAGAGAGCUCGUGUGGCACAGAUGCAAAGGAUUUGGGCUGGCCAAGGACCUUCUCAGAAGCUGGGAGAUCUCAUGGUGAUGCUCGGAGCCGUGGGCGCUUGUGAAUAUGCAGGAUGCACUCCUCAUUUCUGUAGCACCAACGGCCUGCGCUACAAGGCCAUGGUGGAAAUCCGGCGGUUGCGUGGGCAGCUCACCACGGCAGUAAAUGCUGUUUGCCCUGGUGCAGAGCUGUUUGUUGACCCUCAAAUGAAGCCCCCCACGGAAGAACAGGUCAUUUUCUUGAGACAGAUCGUCCUGGCCGGUCUGGGAGAUCACGUCGCCCGAAGGAUCCAGGCGGAGGAACUCCUUGACGAGAAGUGGAAAAACGGCUACAAGACGCCACUGCUAGACGAUCCGGUCUUCAUCCACCCCAAUUCCGUCCUGUUUAAGCAGCUCCCGGAGUUUGUGGUGUAUCAGGAAAUCGUUGAAACCACCAAGAUGUAUAUGAAAGGGGUUUCGGCGAUCGAACCUGAGUGGAUCCCUCUUCUCCUGCCCCCCUACUGCCAUUUUGAAAAGCCUCUGGAAGAGCCGCCUCCAUUUUACUGCCCCGAAACAGGCCAGGUCCGUUGCCACAGGCCCAGCGUCUUCUAUCGGGUUGGUUGGCCCCUUCCAGCCGUGGAGGUGAAUUAUCCCGAAGGCCUUGAUCGCUUCAAACAUUUUGCCAGGUUUCUCCUGGAAGGAAAGGUUGUGAAAUUGUUGGCGACUUACAGCCGUUGCCUGCUGUCGAGUCCAGUCACGAUGUUAAAGGCCUGGUCCAAACUUCAGCCCAGGACUGAAUCUUUGCUUCAAGCGCUCGUUUCGGAAAAUGCUGAUAACCGAGAUACUUUGCAGCUGGCCUGGGAGAAAAAUCCAAAAUAUUUAUUGGCUGAAUAUUGCCAGUGGGUUCCGGAAGUUACCCACGAGGAAAUUGCUAAAAUGUGGCCUCCGGUGCAUUGAUGGUGGUGAAUUUUUAAGCCAGGAACUCUCCAGUUUGCAAUUCCUACCAAAAAUUCCAUGAAGAUUUUCCUGGGAAAAGCAAGAUCCGUAAUUGCACAAAGAAAGAGGAGAAAGGUUAAACUUUCUUCAUUUGUCAUCCAAAGGAGCGACACGUGUGACAUUUGUGACCUGCAAAAAAUAAUAAUAAUCGUGCAGAUGUUUUUGGUUGGGCUGAAUGCAACAGCUGUCCAGCGAAAGAAUCAAUGCAUAUCCUUUCGUACAAGGGAAAUUCAGUGUUUCUCAACCUGGAGAGCUUUAAGACUUCAACUCCCAGAAUGCCCCAGGCAGGGGUGAAAUCUACUUACCUUCCUUACUGGUUCGGAAGCACGCGUACACAUCACAUGUGCAUGCAGACCUUCUGCACAUGUGCACGCAGACCUGCGCAUGUGCAAAAGGUAAAAAAUGCACUACUUCCUGGUUAAAACCAGGAAGUAAUGACACCCAGGCGGGUGGGCGGAGCUUUGCUUCGCCAUCGCUACCAGAUCCCCCAAACCACCAGCCAAGAUCGCUACCGGAUCGGGCGAUCCAGUCCGAUCUGGGAGCAUUUCUCCCCUGGCCCCAGGGUCUGGCUUCUCUCGAGAACAGACUCUAUGGCUGCUGGAAAUCAUCCAAUAUUUCUCAACCUGAGCACCUUUCAAGAGGUUUGGACUUCAAUUCCCAGAAUUCCCCCAGCUGGCAAAGUUUGAAAAUCCCUGGAUUGUAUUCACAUUCCAUUAAGCGGCAUUUACUUUAAUCAUGGUUUGUUUUUUGGCUAAGUCAUAGUAGUUAUGUUUUCUUCCACAAACCCGGCUUACAUAUACAUCCCAAUAGGUUGGUUCACACAAACACUCUGAGCUGCAAACAUAAAGGUUUAGAAGAGUACACGCCCUUUAUACGUCUCAACCAGACAACUAACUACACUUAUUCCAAGUUUUGUAGAAAUAAAUACCAAGAAAGGGAAUACUCCAGUAUGUCACUGUAUCUGUAUCAAAUGUGCACCUGUACGUUGAAACUGUUGGAAGUCUUGUUAUCAGGUAACUAAACCAAAGAAAACAACUGAAGAAUCAAGAGCGAGACAGAAAGUAUUUAUGUUACAAAGCAUACAUGAUGAUUUACAGGAAUAAAACUGAUAAAAAGAAAAAGGGAGGAUUGAGAGAAAAAGAAUUAUUCCUGUAAAGAAUAUAGCCUAAGUGACUCCAUAUUUACCCUUUACAUAACCUGAACCUCAGCUAUUAAGCCGAGUAAGAUAUGUAGAAAAGGGAAGCGUGUAUGACGCCUGUUUUAAGGAAACAGAUGUUUUGGUCCAUUCUAAAUUGGGUCAGGCUGACCCAAGCUCCAUUGAAAAAGGAGGAAAAGACUUAAGUGUCCAAUUAAUAAGAACAAUAACGAACAAUUAUGAAUACAUUUUUAGAGGGUACUUUUGGAGGGGAACUCCAGGGUGGAACAUGUGAGAAAGCCAAAAUGUUAUGUAACAACCGAAAACAAUAUCUGGUUCGAAUUGUUUUGCUGAUCGUCUGAAACUGUACUUAAAUCAUGUAACUGGAGUGAUAAGACAUUCUCUCUCUUUCAUGGGAGAAGUCUUUUGCAAAAGCUUAAGAUAUAUAGUAUAUAUUUAUAUAUCUAUAAUAAAUCUGCUUUUUACUUGUU